GAGGAGUUGAGGGGUCCCGUGGCCGCGUAGAAUCUGCCUGGCAGGAGACCCCCAGAUGGUCAGUGCCCCAGAGACGGCCAAACCCUCCACCGCCCAGCCUCACGGCCGUCCCGCCCCAGCAGCCCCAUGUCAGCCUCCCAGCUGGCAGCGCUGGAAGGAGCGGAGUCGGAGGCCGGGGGGCCGCCCUUGACCGAGGCCAGCCCCGGCUUCCUGUAUUCCGAGGGCCAGCGGCUGGCGCUCGAGGCCCUGCUGAGCAAGGGCGCGGCGGCGUUCGAGGCCUGCGUGCAGCGAGAGGGGCUGCGGCCCUUCCUGAGCGGGGAAGAGCUGCGGAGUCUGGCGGCGGCGGCGGAAGACUGGACAGCGUCCAAGCAGCGGCCCGACAGGGCGGCAGAGGGAGCCACCGAUGGGGACUCGGGCAGCCUGACCUACUGGCCUGGACGGUCAGAGGAGCUGGUGCCUACGCUGCGGCUGGGCUGGCCGGAGGACCCAGCCUGGAAGGGAAUCACCCGGGCGCAGCUGUUCACCCAGCCACCCGACGAGGGCCACCCGCCCCUCAAGGAGCUGGUGCGCCAGGAAAUCCAGGCUGCCCGCAAGCUAGUGGCCGUGGUCAUGGACAUCUUCACCGACCCAGACCUGCUCUCGGACCUGUUAGACGCCGCCACUCGCCGCUGGGUGCCUGUCUACCUGCUCCUGGACCGCCAGCAGCUGCCUGCCUUCCUGACGCUGGCCCAGCAGCUGGGGGUGAACCCCUGGGCCACUGAGAACCUAGAUAUCCGGGUCGUGCGAGGCUGCAGUUUCCAGAGCCGCUGGCGACGGCAGGUGAGUGGCAACGUGCGUGAGAAAUUUGUGCUGCUGGACGGCGAGAGGGUCAUCUCCGGAUCCUACAGCUUCACGUGGAGCGACUCCCGCCUGCACCGAGGCCUGGUGACCCUGUUGACCGGCGAGAUUGCUGCCGCCUUCAGCCGAGAGUUCCGGACACUGUAUGCAGCCUCCUGGCCACUCCCGUCCGCGCCCACCUCGGGCCCCUUCGUCAGCAUCGUGGGGGGGCUGCAGCUGGCCCACAACCCCCACCGUGUGGCCCGCCGCCGCUCUGUGGCCCCCGUGUCACCGCCACCGCCCGCUGGCCCGCUGGCCCAACGCUUGGCCGCCUGCCGAGUCUUUGACGGGGACAGGCAGGAGACCCCGGCCGCCCCAGGGCCGGCGCUGAGCGACAUCCUGAGGAGUGUCCAGCGCACCCGGACCCCCAGCGGCCCCCCGGCCCGGCCCAGCCACUCCCUGUGGGACCUGAGCCGCCUGUCCCAGCUGUCCGGCUCCAGCGACGGUGACAACGAGCUCAAGAAAUCCUGGGGUUCCAAGGACACCCCCGCGAAGGCCCUGAUGAGGCAGCGGGGCAUGGGAGGGGCCCCCUGGGCUGAGACAGAACCCCGUCCUCUGGGCCGGUCCCAGCCCCCAGGCGGCCCCCUGCCCCUCCUCCCUGCCCGCCGCCUCGGCCAUCUGUCCCCGACCAGAAGGAGGUUUGGUGAGGAUGCCACCUCCAAACUGCAGGAACCCCGAGGCACCCAGCAGCCAGACUGGGCUGCCCAGGCAGGACUCAGGGGGCGACCCUGACGGGAGCCAAAGCCACCCUGGACGGGCCUGUCGACGGUCACCUCCCAGCCCCCCCCCCCCUCCCCGUCCCCCAUCCGUGUGGUGCCUUGGACAAGGCUUCUGGCCUCGGUGUCCGGGAAGCGGCAGGGAUGUUUCCCCCUUUGUUCUAGAACUCGGGCAAGCCCAGUGCUCAGUCUAGAUGCCAGUGUCGCAUUUCAGAAAAUGGGCAGAAAGUGUCGACCCGCCGGCAUCCCGGCCAGGCCGGAACUUGUCUGAGGACGGGCCUGGCGGAGUGGCCCCCGAGCCUGCAUCGCGUGGGGGCGAAGGUGGGGCGUCCCUGGGACAGGGUGGGGAGCCUCCUGUAUCUAUCAGGCUCCGGAGCUGUGGGUAAACUGAGCUUAGCAGAGGAGAGGAGAGAAUCCAGUCCAGGGAGUGGGGCUUAAUAAUGAGGGACAGGAAAUUGGUGGGGACCCCUGCUGGGGGGCCAGUCAGGGCCCUGGGCGCUGGGACUGUUUUCUGGGUGCCACGGGGCCAGUUGUUGGGGCUCCCUUUACCUCUGCUCAGAAUAAAGCUGCUUUCUGCCAGAA